AUGAAGUUUUUGAGUCUUGUGGGUAAUUCUUUCGGGUGUUCGGCUUCUGGUGAGCGUUUGGUAUCGGCUGCUAGAGAUGGCGAUCUUCAAGAAGCCAAGGCCCUGUUAGAUUAUAAUCCUCGUCUCGCGAGGUAUUCUACUUUCGGCGUUCGUAAUUCGCCUUUACAUUAUUCUGCGGCUCAGGGCCAUCAUGAGAUUGUUGCUCUUUUGCUCGAGUCUGGAGUUGAUGUUAACCUCAGGAACUAUCGUGGGCAGACUGCCUUGAUGCAAGCAUGCCAAUAUGGCCACUGGGAGGUGGUUCAGAUUCUGAUCCUCUUCAAAGCCAAUAUUCACAGAGCUGAUUAUCUUAAUGGCGGGACUGCACUGCACUUGGCUGCUCUAAAUGGCCAUUUUCGUUGCAUUCGUCUACUGCUUGCAGAUCACAUUCCCAGUAAUCCUAGGUUUUACUGUCACUUGAGGAAAAAAUCACGAAAUAACAAGUCUCUUUUGGAGUUUGAUGAAGGUGCACUCUAUGCAAUAAUCAAUAGACCUGCUGAUGGUGGAGUCACUGCACUUCAUAUGGCUGCAUUAAACGGACAUGUUGAGACUGUUCACCUCCUACUUGAUCUGGGGGCCUCUGUAUCUUACACAACUGUGCAAGAUGGAGCUACUAUUGAUUUAAUCGGUGCUGGUAGCACUCCACUCCAUUAUGCUGCAUGUGGUGGUAAUGCACAGUGCUGCCAGCUUUUACAUCUUACAAGAUGGACACCGUUGAUGGUUGCUCGUUCAUGGCAUAGAGAUUGUCUUGAGCACAUCCUUACUCCAGGAUCGGGCGGCGAAAAAAGGCUUAGUCCUUCCCCAUAUUUAUGCCUUCCUCUUAUGAGCAUUGUGGAGAUUGCCAGAGAAUGCGGAUGGAGAGGCAGUGAUUUAGCCUCGACAUGCUUAGAUCCAUGCGUGGUUUGCUUGGAAAAGAAGUGCACAGUUGCUGCAGAAGGCUGUCUUCACGAGUUGUGCACCCACUGCGCGUUGUACCUAUGUUCCACAAACAGCACAUCCACCGUGGGCCCCAGCCCGCCGGGCUCCAUUGCGUGCCCUUUGUGCCGCCAUGGGAUCGUCUCUUUCGUCAAGCUCCUUGAGACCCGGCCAAUAGUCAAGGGGAUGGAGAGAAGCAUCAGAUCACUGCCCUUGUGCACGUGCUCGGCUGAGGAAACACCCGACUUCACCUGUGUACCAUUUGGUUCUUUGCAUAGCCCGAGUCUCUGCUUGGGUUUCCGUGAGACGAGCCCGCCAUUGCUCGUCAAGUGUUCAAGAUUGAGCUUCAGGAGGUCCGGCUCACAGAGUGAGGGACGGAGAUGGUUGUGUUCGUUUACUCAGUCGGUACCCACUGGAAGCAGCUGA